AAACCCUAAAACGUUUAUUCAUCAUAGCCAAAAACCGGUGAGUGUGGUCUCUUCGUCGUCGUUCUCUAGAUAGCAAUAACAAGAAGAAAUCAUGUCUCAUCGCAAGUUUGAACACCCAAGACAUGGUUCUCUGGGGUUUCUCCCAAGGAAACGAGCCUCCCGGCAUAGAGGAAAAGUGAAGGCCUUCCCCAAAGAUGAUCCAACUAAACCUUGCAGAUUGACUGCUUUCCUGGGGUACAAAGCUGGAAUGACUCAUAUUGUUAGAGAAGUUGAAAAACCGGGAUCAAAGCUACACAAGAAGGAAACGUGUGAAGCAGUAACUGUUAUAGAAACACCACCUCUGGUCAUAGUUGGUGUUGUUGGUUAUGUCAAAACACCACGUGGUCUUCGUUCUCUGAGUACCGUUUGGGCCCAGCAUCUUAGUGAGGAAGUGAAGAGGAGAUUCUACAAGAAUUGGUGUAAGUCCAAGAAGAAGGCUUUCACCAAGUAUUCCAAGAAGUAUGAAACUGAAGAUGGGAAAAAGGACAUUCAGGCACAAUUGGAGAAAAUGAAGAAGUAUUGCACCUUGAUUCGUGUUUUGGCCCAUACACAGAUAAGAAAAAUGAAGGGACUGAAGCAGAAGAAAGCUCAUUUGAUGGAGAUCCAGGUGAAUGGUGGAACUGUUGCCCAGAAGGUUGACUAUGCUUAUGGUUUCUUUGAGAAGCAGAUUCCUGUUGAGGCUGUUUUCCAGAAAGAUGAGAUGAUUGACAUAAUUGGAGUGACCAAGGGGAAGGGGUAUGUGGGUGUUGUGACCCGUUGGGGUGUCACCCGUCUCCCGCGUAAGACGCACAGAGGGCUUCGCAAAGUGGCCUGUAUUGGUGCUUGGCAUCCUGCUAGGGUUUCGUUUACGGUUGCCAGGGCUGGACAGAAUGGUUACCAUCACCGCACGGAGAUGAACAAGAAAGUUUACAGGCUUGGGAAGGCAGGCCAAGAGUCUCACUUGGCCAUGACUGAAUUUGACAGGACUGAGAAGGAAAUUACUCCAAUGGGAGGAUUCCCCCACUAUGGUGCUGUGAAGGAGGACUAUCUUUUGAUAAAGGGAUGCUGUGUAGGCCCUAAGAAGCGAGUGGUGACCUUGAGGCAGUCACUCUUGAAGCAGACGUCUAGGGUUGCUAUGGAGGAGAUUAAGCUCAAGUUCAUCGAUACAUCGUCCAAGUAUGGGCAUGGCCGGUUCCAGACAACUCAGGAGAAGGACAAGUUCUAUGGGCGGGUCAAAGCUUGAUUUGCUAAGUCAGAGAUCUGUUUGUACUCUUUUUUCAUAAAUUCUGAUGUCUUUGUUCCUCAUUUGUUCUAAUGGGCAUGGGGUUUACUCAUGCGGUGUGUGGAAUUGUGAUGCAAUUGAUUUUCUUGGCUAGCACUAGCAGAGCAGCUGGUCGAUGGCGUGGAGUAAAACAAAAGAUGAUUUUGUUUUCCAAA